GCGUUUAGGGUCACGGCUUUUUGGGCCCCGGGGUCCGCAGCGCAGCCCUCGCGCGCAUCCCGGCGUGCCAGCUGGGGCCGCGCAGUCGGCGUUAUGGCGCCGCUUGCCGCCGUGUGGGCCGCCGUGCUCGGCUCCGGCCUGCUGGCGGCGGCCGAGGGCAAGGCGGCGAGCUCGAACCCCUUCCGGGGGCAGGCGUUCUAUGUCAACCCCGUGAACGCCAAGGAGUUCGACGGGUCCAUUGCGAAGGCUACGGGCAAGACGAAGGAGAACUUGCUGAAGAUGCAGAAGGUGCCCUCCGCCUACUGGAUCGACGUGAAGGCCAAAGUGCGCGGUACAGACACCAAGAGCCUCGAGGGCAUCCUCAAGGACGCCUCCAGCAAGUCGCCGCCAGAGCUGGUGGUGGUCAUCUGGUACGACCUCCCGAACCGCGACUGCGAUGCCCUGGCCUCCAACGGUGAGAUCUGCUGCUACGCGGGCGAGGACGGAAAGUGCGACUACGAGAAGACGGGGGACUGUGCCGAGGGCAUCGAAGAGUACAAGACGGAGUACGCCGACCCCUUCAUCAAGGUGCUCAAGGAGUACGAGUCCAAGCUGCCCAUCGUGGUCGUCGUCGAGCCCGACAGCUUGCCGAACCUCGCGACCAAUCUGGACCACCCGCACUGCGGCAACCCCGCCACCCAGGCCGCCUACACGAAGGGCAUCGGCUACGCGCUGGAGCAGCUGACGACCCAGGUGCCGAAGGUGUCAGUCUACCUGGACGCAGCUCACGGCGGCUGGGUCGGCUGGGAGGAUAACCUGGAAAAGUUCAUGGCCCUGUUGAAGAAGGCUGCCUUCCCGAUGGCAAAGAUCCGCGGCUUUGCCACGAACGUCGCGAACUACCAGCCGUUGGGCCAGAUGUGCCCAUUCUGCCCCGACCAGGGCUGGCGCAACGCAUACUGCCUCAAUGGCCGGCACAAAACAGACCCCUGCUGCGCGGACCCCUGCGACCUGCUGGGGCAGUACAGCGCUGGCAACAACGAGCUCAACUACGCCCAAGACCUGAUCCUGGCGGCGAACGACCUGCUCGGCAUGGACGCGCACGCCGUCAUUGACACCGGGAGGAACGGCGUCGCGGACAUGCGCCAGGACUGCAAGAAUUGGUGCAACCCCCGCAACGCCGGCGCCGGAGUACCGUCCACCACCGACGUGGCCAACACCAGCAUGAUCGACGCUUACUUCUGGCUGAAGACGCCGGGCGAGUCGGACGGCUGCAGCCAGGAACUGCCCGACGGCGGCGCGUGCCCGCGAUUCGACAACAUGUGCGGCUCCAGCGAUUCCAUCGGCUCCCAGACGACCGAGCCCCGGGCUCCCGAGGCCGGCGCAUGGUUCGACUACCAGGUGCAGCAGUUGGCUCUCAACGCAAACUUCGAGCCGCCGGCAACCUCUGCACCUGCCGCUGGCGGCAGCGCCGCGGGGUUUGGGUCAUGCGGCGCGGACCUGCAGCAGCAGCCCCAGCAGCCGCAGGUCACGCUCCAGCAGCCCAGCCAGGUGCAGCAGCAGGGCAACCCCUGGCUCCAGCAGGCCACGCAGCAGGUGGCGGACGUGCAGGACACUCCGGCGACCGAGGCCUUCUGCUGCUUCGCGGGCAGCGGCGCCGACUUCUGCGCCCCGGACGGCUGCGUCCCCGCUGCGAAGUACUCGUCUGACACCAAGUGCGGGGCGUCGCAGGAGAGUUGCAAGGCGUGCGCAAGCCAGGGCCAGUGGUGCCCAGCACAGCCUGCACAGCCUGCGCAGCCGCAGACUGCACAGCAGCAGCAGCAGCAGCCUGCGCAGCAGCCGCUGCAGCCGGUGCAGGCGGGUGCCGCGCUAGCUGGCGGCGCGUGCUCGGCGGCCUACCAGCAGUGCGGCGGGGUGCAGUGGACCGGCCCAACAUGCUGUGCAGAAGGCUCGACCUGCACGCAGAACGGCGACUACUACAGCCAGUGCACGCCAUCCGCCGGCGCGUUCGGCGGGGUGCAGCAGAGCGUGGGCGCCCUCGCAGGGGUGGACAGCCUGCUCGGGGUCAUGAAGAAGGACGACGAGAGCCGCGCGGACGGGCAGAGCGCCCUCGGCCACGGCGGCCGUCGGACGUCCUUUGGGCAGGCAGCGCUGCUCUUCGCCACCGUGCCUCUGCUGAUCGCGGCCGCCGGCGUCGCGUGCCGCCGCAGCUCCGGGCGCCCCAGCGGCGGCUUCCUGCGCCUCCCAGGCGGCGCGGCGCGCCAGGAGCUCACGGCGAUGGAGGCGGCGUGAUUCCUUGGCGGCGGAGAUUGGCGCUGCCGAGGUGGGGGCGGGGCGAGGGCCCAUCGAAUUGACUGUGCGCGCCCAGCGUGCCUUGGUUGGAGCGUUGAAUGCACUUGCACGUGUAACCCUAGAAUUUGCCCUGGGGCUGCGUGCCUCGGGCGUUGGUUGUAGAGUCCACGUUCCACUGUGCGCCCAGCGUGGCUGGACUGGAUCUCUUGAAUUCGAAUGCACGCGAGGGUGGUAGAGUUGGUCCUCCAGCUGCAUGUCUCAGGACUUGCCUGCAGCUUCCACGCUUAAUUUGCUGGGCCAGGGCCCAUCAUUUACAUGUCUGGCCACAGAGCUCUGGGCACUCGUGAUGGCGUGGCUUCUUACGCUGCCCUCCAAUCGGUGACACCGUGCCCGCCACCCCAUCGCGACCUGGAUUCGCCCUCAACGCCAGGUGACCAGAGCGCCCGCCUGUCGCCAAAAGUGAUUUUUCAGGAGGG